ACUCCGAAGCGUCUACCUUGUGGGAGGUCCUUGAGGCCGCUGAGGUCGUUGGUGUCUGUUGAACGGCUUGUGGAAGUCGUGCUGCCUUGGGCAGGGCGUUAAAGUCGUUCUCGAGGGGAACGUCUCUGUCCGAAGAGAAAAUGAGUUUAGCUCUGAGAAAUGAGCUUGUAGUAGACAAAACAAAGAGAAAAAAAAGAAGAGAACUCUCUGAAGAACAGAAACAAGAAAUUAAAGAUGCUUUUGAACUGUUUGACACAGACAAAGAUGAAGCAAUAGAUUAUCAUGAACUAAAGGUGGCAAUGAGAGCCUUGGGGUUUGAUGUAAAAAAAGCUGAUGUACUGAAGAUUCUUAAAGAUUAUGACAGAGAAGCCACAGGGAAAAUCACCUUUGAAGAUUUUAAUGAAGUUGUGACAGACUGGAUAUUGGAAAGAGAUCCACAUGAAGAAAUAUUAAAGGCAUUUAAACUGUUUGAUGAUGAUGAUUCAGGUAAAAUAAGCUUGAGGAAUUUGCGACGUGUUGCCAGAGAAUUGGGUGAAAACAUGAGUGAUGAAGAACUUCGGGCUAUGAUAGAAGAAUUUGAUAAAGAUGGUGAUGGAGAAAUUGUUGGCUGUUGCCCUAAACUAGCUUUAAAGCAACUCCAUUCUGUAAGGGUACUAUCUUCAGUGGCAUAGAGAAUUUUGUAAAUCAAGAGGAGUUCAUUGCUAUUAUGACUGGUGACAUUUAAAGAAUUACAAGGAUAAACACUAAGAAUGUUGCAGUUCUCAUCUCAUAUUCUAUUUUUGUGCUUGGAGCCAUGUUAAGAAAAAAAACCCAACUUAGUUCUUUUUUUUCCAAAAGGACCAAAAAUAAGUGUCUUAUGUAUUCAUAUUUUACUACUGUUAAGUUUCUUUGUAUGAACAGUAUUGUUAGCACUCUAAUAGGUUAACUUUGUAUUUAUAGUACAGCUUUUAUAUAUAUAUAAAGUUUAAAAAAUUGAAUCAUGUGGUAUACAUUCUCUGAAAGUUUUUUAUUCGGCAUCAGCAGUCACUUUUGUUUUGAUGUACACGUUACAGACUUUCAUUAAUAAAAUGUUUAUUUUAGUAGUAUUUUAAAGUAUGGUAAAUUUUCUGUCUUAUAAUUACAAAUACCUAUAACCAGUGGUAUCUUUCUUAUAUCUUUUCUCUUUAUACUACUAGUUUCAGAAACAAAAACUGAAAUACAAAUAACAAUAGAAUAGCACAUCUUUCCAUUGUAACUUUAGCAUUUCAUGUUUCAGUACAAGAUGACGACUCAAUUGAGGCAUAAUUCCUUUUUUAAGAGUCAUGUCUUUCAGUUUGGAAGGAGAAAAUGUGCAUAUAGACCCAUUUAUCCUCAUGUAUUAUGUUCUAUAGCAUUUCUGGUGUCUUAACAUAAGUUAUGACAGUUAAAUCUGGAUAUUUCCCUCUUAAACUAAUUGAGUACAGUUUGAAUCAUCUGGUUUCUUGACAAAGUGAAAGAUUGAAAUUUUGGAAUUUUGAUCUGUUACAAUAAUUAUCACUCAAUUAAACGUCACAAUGAUGAAAGUAGAAAACUAAGCCACAGAAAUCAUUUAAGAUAGUUUUACCUGUAUAAAAGAACAUUCUAUGAUUCACCAGGAAACAGUAGAGACAGAAUUUCCAGGUAUUAGUGGGCUCCUCUGCCUUACAGAAAUGUAUGUUAGUGGGGGAAACAAAUGAUUAUGGGAGAUAGAUUUGGUACCUCUGCUGAUCCUUCACUAAUAAUCUGGUUCCUGAUGGUAUGGGCUCUCUGGAAGAAAGUUGUCUAUUUCAGUGAUCUUUCUUUAGAUUUCUUGUUUUAAAUUUAAAGUACAGUAAUAAUUUGAGGCACUUGAAAUGUGUGCUUCUGAGAGUAUUACAUAAAGAAUUACCCACUAGAAAUUUUACAAACAAAUCAGUAGGGAACAACAUAACAAUGAUGCCAUUUCAAAUAGUUAAGUAGAAAGUAAGCUAAUUGCUCAUCAUACUAAAAUUUAAUUUUGAAUAUGAAAUAAGUGUCACAGUAGUAACAAUAUCCAGGGCAGCAAAUAUUCUUUGAAAUUAAAAAAUUUUUAUCACCCUUA